GACAGGCACUGUUCCGGGGUCGCCAUGGUGCUGGGCAGGGCGCUGCAUUUUGUGUUUAAAGUGGGUGAUCGUAGUCGCAGCACCAGGUUUUACAGGGAUGUCUUGGGCAUGAAGGUCCUGAGGCAUGAGAGUUUGAAGAAGGCUGCAAAGCAAGUUGCAAUGGGUGAGUUAAAGCCUUUGCGUUGCUUGCCGUACGAUGGCAAAUGGAGCAAGACCAUGAUUGGCUAUGGUACCGAGGACACUCACUUUGUGUCUGAGAUAACUUAAUAUGGAGUGGGUGAAUAUCGCUUGGGGAAUGACUUCCUGGGAAUUACCCUUCAGUCAAGUGAGGCAGUGAGCAAUGCCAAGAAGCAGGGACAGCCAUUGACCGAAACUCAGGACGGAGUGUUUGUAACUGAGGCCCCGGGGGGAUACAAAUUCUAUUUGGUGGAUAAGGAGCAACCGCAGACAGAUCCGGUGCAGAAGGUAACCCUGGCUGUAUCAGACCUCCAGCGCGCCAUUAAGUACUGGUGCGAUUUACUUGGGAUGAAGCUCUACGAGAAGAAUGACGCCAAAAAGCAGGUCCUGCUGGGAUACGCAGAUGAUCAGUGCAAGCUGGAACUACAGGAUAUCGGGUGCCCUGUCGAUCACGCCACAGCCUAUGGAAGAAUUGCAUUCUCUUGUCCGAGGGAGCAGUUGCCAGGUGUAGAGACCCAGAUGAGGAAAGAGAAGCAAAAGAUCUUGACACCGCUGGUGAGCCUGGAGACACCAGGGAAAGCAACAGUGGAGGUGGUGAUCCUAGCAGAUCCAGAUGGCCAUGAGAUCUGCCUCGUGGGCGAUGAGGCGUUCUGUGAACUCUCCAAGGUGGAUCCCGGUGCUGACAAACUACUGGACGACGCCAUAGCAUCAGACAAAAGCAACGAAUGGUUUGCCAAACAUCGUAAGCAAAAGCCGUCUGCGUGAAGGGGCUGGAGUUGCUCAGGCAUGGAUCUCGCUGAUAGUACAAUUUUUUUGGGAGGGGGUGGGGGGGGGGGGGGGGGGGAGAACACUCCGCUUCUCUGCUUCUAGUUUCUGCAGCAGGAUGUCCCUGACGUGGAAAAUGGUCACCGGAGACUUCCACCACCAAACAUGUUCUUUGAAGCAAAUAAACCUGCUCCCUCUUCCUGCUGAAAUUGUCCACUGCUUUGAAAUAAAGGCCGGUUGUAGUUACAGUGAUUAGUGGAAAAGUUGAUCUGGUAGCUCUGCUCUGUGUUACUGUUGCUUCCUGUCAUUGACUUCACUUUAUUGGUCUUGAUAAUUGUCAGUGGUGACUGUGUGCAGGUGCAUGGGCUCUCUCGAGUCUGAAGCUUUGGGCUUUUUCCCAAGAGAUAAUAGAGCAAAUGAGCCCAAUUUUACAUCCUAUGCUCCCUAUGUUCAUAUCUCACGCAACCACUAGUUAUCACUUCCAACCGACAGUGGCUUGCCUUCUGGAUUGUUUUUCAACCGGUGGGAGUGGAAAUCUAAAGAUUGGGAUACAGAGGAACGGGGAAACUGCCACACAGUUUGUGGAUAUUUACUCAGGGUUAUUGUGACUUAGGAGAUCAAGGGGGAGGUAAAUGGGGAUGACGGGUCAGUGUGGUGCCUGUGCUUGUUACCACUGGGGCAGUGAGGAGCACAAGUGUUGGGACCCACAUGCAAAGCACACCAUGUGGAGGCUUUGGCGAGCAGAGUCAUUGAAUUUGGGAAGGAGGGGCAGUAAAGUCUGGAAAUUAAUGGCUGGCCAAGUUGACCUCUGGCGGUUAGAUAGAUUCGGGGGUGGGGGUUCAGGUUUUUCAUUGGUUGGUUCUGUUGGUCUGACGUUGUUCCCACCACAGGCUUCUCACUGCAAUCUGAGCUUGUCCAAUUCAGUAUUCCUCGCAGGUCUGUGCCGUUCCUUCUGCUUGCACUCAGAGAAUGGGCAACAUGAUAUUGCUGGUUGUUCGUGUUUCAUUCCUCUGGCUCCAGAACUCCACCUUGUGCCACAUCCGCUGAUCGUUCAGCUGAUCUGCAAUUGUACCACUGUCAAACCCUGGAUCCUUCUGCCUCCAGGGUUCACCCUUACGGUGUUGUUUUAAUCUCUCACCUCCCUCUUUCCUUCCCCUCCCUCCACUUACCCCCAAUCUUCUUAUGCCAUUUAAAUGUUGAUGUUGUCAAACUUUACUUGAGGAUUGUGAUUCUUAACUGUUGAAUAAAGAUUUACGAGGUGGCA